AUAAUACUCCUUUUUUUUUUUGAGAUGCAAAUAUAAUAAUACUCCUUAAUUACAAAUAACUCAUAUGCUAUCACUCCCCACUACUAGGCCACUCCCCCAGAAAUUCUGCUUUCCGUUUCGCAUCAUAGAAUAUUUCUUCGAAUAACUUCAUCAAACUAAUAAUGGCACCGCCGGCAAUCGCUGAUGGCGGUGGUGGAGGUGGCCAGCAGCCACAACAACGCCAAGGUUUCGGGCAAUCCAUCUCCGGAGUUAUAAGGAUGGCUGUUUUUUGGUAUUUUGCAUCCAAAUUCUUCUUUUCCCCUAAAAAACCUGCUGAACCUUCUCUUCUUAUGUCCAAUCUCUUCCAGAAGGGCGAACCUUUGGAUAUGUGGUUGUAUCUAUCUGAACAUGAGAAGUUUAGAGAUUUUGGGGAUGAAAGAGCACUCAUCUGGCAUGAGACUAACAUUCCUUAUGCAGUUUGGAAACCAGAGAGUACUAGGUCUCUCUCCUUAAAAUAUCAACCUUCUGAGGCUUUAAAGCACAAUGGAACUCUUUACACUCAUGUAUUCUUUGCUCGAUCUGGAUAUUCACCAGAUCCAAAUGAUCCCGAGUACCAGCCUUUGGCCGCCUUUGGUAGAAGCAGAUCGAUUGUGACAUUUUUGCCCAAGUCUAAAAAUGACAAAAAGAAAUCUCUACUUGGAGGCACCAAAAGCACUUCUGAGGAUAAAAUGAUGUCCAAGGUGGAAGAGGCUUCACAAGAAGAAGUUAAGGAUGAAGGCCCCCCUGAAUGGAUUUCUUAUUGGAAACCCAAUGUGACAAUCAAUUUGGUAGAUGAUUUUACGAGUUAUUCUGCUAAUGCUGUUCCUCCAAACAUUGCUCCUCAUCUAAAUGUUGAACCCAAAACUGGAAACUAUUUCCCAACAAUAUACUUCAAUGAGUUUUGGCUACUAAAAGAUAAGUUGAUACCAAUAAAUGAGACUGUUACUGAAUUGCCAUUGAAUCUGGAAGUGGGUCCUAUAAGCAUGACCAAGUGGCAGCUAUUCUUGCAAAUUGAUGAAUCUUUUCAGAUUCAUCGCACUUAUGGAAGUAUGCUAGAAGGCGAGGCUGAUGAGCUUAAGAGGGUAUUCUUGGAGGGGAAUCCAUACCUUCUUGGAAUCACAAUGGUUGUCUCACUUUUUCACUCCCUGUUUGACUUUUUGGCCUUCAAGAAUGAUAUCCAAUUCUGGAACAAGAACAAGUCAAUGGAGGGACUAUCAGCCAAGUCUGUUGUCGUCAGCUUUAUUUCUCAGCUGAUUGUUUUCCUAUACCUCCUGGAUAAUGAUACUUCAUGGAUGAUUCUUGUGAGUUCUGGAAUUGGUUGCUGCAUCGAGUUUUGGAAGAUAGGGAAAGCGAUGCACAUAGAGGUGGAUAGAUCUGGCAGAUUUCCUGUUUUAAGGUUUAAAGAUCGGGAUUCUUAUAAAAUGAACAAGACAAAGGAGUAUGAUGAUUUAGCUAUGAAAUACCUAUCAUAUGUUCUCUUCUUCCUUGUUGCAUGCGCGUCUAUUUACUCCUUGAAGUAUGAACGCCACAAGAGUUGGUACUCAUGGAUUCUUUCUUCAUUGACACAGUGUGUAUAUAUGUUUGGGUUCAUAAUGAUGUGCCCCCAAUUGUUCAUAAACUACAAGCUGAAGUCUGUGGCGCACUUACCCUGGCGGCAAAUGACAUACAAGUUCUUGAACACCAUUAUUGACGAUCUAUUUGCCUUUGUUAUCAAGAUGCCCACGCUUCAUCGGUUGUCAGUUUUCCGUGAUGACAUCAUAUUUCUGAUAUACCUAUAUCAAAGAUGGGUCUACCCAGUUGAUAAAAAGCGGGUGAAUGAAUUUGGUUUCGGUGGUGAGGACGAAGGCGAUUCUUCGGAGACUAUUGAAGCAACCAAGGAGUCGGAGGAGGAGAAGAAAACGAACUGAUCUCAGUUUUAGGAAUCUGGACAAACAUCCUGUUCUUUCUAUUAAGUAAACUGUAAAGUGGCAGUUAGCUUGAAUUAUCCGCACUUGACUUUGUUUUUUAAUUAUUUUCCCUUAAUUUUUGGCUAAUUUUUACUUUGUUAUUUAUUUCCAGUUAUAUUUUAUACUUCAACUGCUAGAAUAAACAAAAGAAUAGAACUCUCUCCAACCUUAGAACAUAGAAGGGAAUGCACUGCUUUUGCUUGUAGUGACAUCUAUCAGCUUUUGACACGAAAGAAUUAAAAUUUUGAUUUAUUAUUCAGUUA